ACGUCCAUCUUUCACCGCUAAUCUCAUGGCUUACAUUUCCCUGCGUGGCACACAUGACCCCCACACCACCACGGCGCUCCGUUGGCCAUAUAUAACUGCCGUCAUACUGCGAGCAAUCUGAGGAAAUGGAUUGAGUAAUGUUCCUCGAGCCUCAUAAAAGCAAUGCCAUUAAAGGAAUAACGGGGAUAUCGGUUUCCCCGAGGGCCGGCUCAUACCCGCUCUUGUGGAGAUGAAAGGACCAGGAUCGACUGUUCAUUACCCCUUGUCCUGGUGCUCGAUACGAAAACGUCGCGACACAGCCACAGCUCGCGGGUCCUUGGCACUAGCGAUUGGUGUCACAUUGGAGUCUUCUAUACUUUCUUCUUCGAAUAUUACAAGGAACUUUUGGUACCUGCACCCGCAUCUCCACUUUGGCGUGCAUGCAGACGUUGACUGCAAGUGCGUUGCUGCAGCCUUAUGUACUCGGAAAAGAGAGCGGCCUGAAGCAGCGGGUGCAUAUACUUCUUUUUCAAGUUCCUUCUCACUGGUCUUCACCUGGAGUUUUUCCUAUUGCAACAAGGCGAUUCGUGCUCGUUGUGCACGUCCUUGCCAGCGCCAGAUCCGGAUUACGCGGCAUUUGGUUACGGCCAUUUUACUGAGUGGUGUAUUUGAUCGGUUAGGACUUUCUUUUUUCGUGGCCAUCAUCACACUCAUUUCGCUAUCACGACGCAUAAUCUCAAACGAGAACACUGCUUCGACCACUCCAAAGGCACAGAUCCUUAAGGAAGGUAACAUACCUACUUUCCGUGCGAUAUGCAGUCUUUCUCACAAACAUCUUUCCACAAUGUGGUCUUGUCACAAGGCUGAGAUAGAAUGCUCAGGCAGGUGCACCAGAUGCAUUGGAAGUUUUUCUUCUGACAGCUGCAUCAUUCCAAUUUGCGAGGGUGCUUAGCUCUAACCACACAGAACCCAUCUUUACCAUAUAUAGCCAACUAGUCAAUGUACGAAAACUUACCGUGUACGGAACGGGAACUAAAGCCUGCGUCCAAAG